AUAAUAGGAAGAACUCUACCUACACCAGUGUCCUGUAAAGUGUGUGGUGAUCGAUCAUAUGGGAAACAUUACGGUGUUUAUUGUUGCGAUGGUUGCUCGUGUUUCUUUAAGAGAUCCGUGCGUCGUGGUGCUCUGUUCACUUGCACAAAUAGUGAUGGAUCCUGCACCAUUGACAAAGCUAGACGAAAUUGGUGUCCACAUUGCCGUCUAAAGAAAUGUUUCUCCGUUGGCAUGAAUACAGCAGCGGUGCAGGAAGAAAGAGGGCCACGUGCUCGGAACAAUUCGCUCUCAAAUCCACAUAAUUCUAACAGCACCUGGAAGCCUAGAGUUGAUCCAUCAACGUCUUUUUAUGCACGUUUUAAUAAUUCCGAAAUAUAUUUGCCUUUCAAGAGUUCCACACUGAAUAAUACUUUAAUGAUGAAGACGUUACACGAAUCUGAAAGUAGAGAGAAUAUUUUCUUUCCUGUCACGACGCGUUAUGCACAACCGACGAGGAUUAUAUCACCCGGCACGGUUAUACAGUACGAAAUAUCCGCGCAGAUAUUCCUGGCAGCUAUUCGGAAUGCACGUCGUCACCGAGAUUUUUCAAUACUGAAUGUGGAGGACCAAAACAAAAUUCUUCGUCGUGGAUGGUCUGCUCUUUUUGUUUUACGCGCAGCUACGUGGCCGGUUGAUUUAACGAACAUACGAGGACAAAGUGCAACGAGUAACAAUAGUGCUUUAGCUUGCAUAAUUGCAACACGCACUGCGAUCGAAAAAUUGCAACUCGACGAUGUCGAAUUAUGUGUUUUAGACACGUUUGCGCUGUGUCGUCCAGAAAUCGCCAAUACUACUACAAACGGUGUCCACAUAAUGUCACAAGCGAGAAAUAAUGCCGUGGAAACUCUAAUACGACAUCUCCAACAGCAAGACGAUCGAGAGAACAAACUGGCGAAGAUUCUGUUUGUCCUACCUAUUCUCACCGGAUGUUGUUCUCGAGAAUUGGCUGAGGAAUUGUUUGUACCAAUUAUGGGCGACACAGAUUUGGAAAGAGUUAUCGCGUCUGUACGAUAA